UAGACAGCAUCAGUUACCCCUUCUACUGCCAAACCGCCAAACCACCUGCCCAACAUGAGUGCUCCAUCCCUGGCACUUGUUAUCUCGCUCCUGGCCAGUUCAGCGCUUGGCCUUCCAAGCGUUCAGUGCGAUGCCACCACGUCUUGCGCAGUGGGUUGCUGUAGCGAGUUCGGCUAUUGCGGUUUCGGGCCCGAGUUCUGUGGCGACCAAUGCCAGAACAACUGCGACGCGACAGCAGACUGUGGUCAGUACGCUCCGUCUGGACACUCUGAGUGUCCCGAUGGAGCUUGCUGCAGCCAAUUUGGAUUUUGCGGAACCGGUCCGGACUUUUGCGGCAAUUGAGGGUAGGAAGAUAGCCUCGAUGUCCUGGUUAGCAACUAGCAGUGCUGGUCGUGGUUAUCAGUAUAGUGCACCUCGCGGCUUCAUCUCUGUUUGCUUGUAUCCUGAACAUGGAAUAGGG